GUGUGGUUGGAAAUGUUGGGAGUAAAAACUCUCCUAAAAUACUGUCAGCGGAGUGUGGAACUGGGGACAGGAGCUUCAUUUACUUCCACGAUGUCGUCUGGGAGAGGCGGAGUUUCGCUUCCGGUGCGGCCAGGCAGCGGAAACAGCGGCGGAUUUCUUUCUAGGGUUUCGUCAUCCUUCAAUCAAUCUCCGAUUGUGUAUAGAGGCAAGCGAGCCGCUUCGGACGCAGCUUUUGUCGCCAAGAAGCUCAUCAAAAGCACGGGAAAGGCAGCCUGGAUCGCCGGAACCACAUUCCUUAUCCUCAUAGUACCUCUCAUCAUCGAGAUGGACCGCGACGCCCAACUCAACGACCUCGAGAUGCAACAUGCUAGCUUGCUCGGCGCCCCUCCGCCCGGAUCUGCACCUCCGAGGUGAUGAAUCGCGACUCCGAUUUUCCCGAUUCUGUUUGAGAUCUAUAAUUGAUUUCUGUUCUUAUCUGGAUCCUUUUGAAUAAUUAUAUGAUUUCGAUUUAUUUUCACUCUUGAAAAAUAUUUUCCCUUCGGAACAUUGUUUACUUGGCCUUCAAUGAUUUUCAAGGUAGACUACAAUCCAGAUUCAUGUACUGUUGUAUUUUUUUUUAAAAAAAAUUGGGAUUUACAUCCUUUUCUCCCACAGGAGAAUGAUGCAAUCUUCGUUGAAUUUAGUCUUAUGAAUGUUGGGGUGGAGCUUUUCUUUUUCUUUCUUUUUAAAGUAGUGAUAAGAGCUUCAAAAACUGUUGCAGCAAUUGAACUGUUUAUGAAUAUAGCAAUCCUGCUGUU